AUGAGAGAAAAUCAGUUUUAAUUCGUUUAAUAGCCUGAUUGAUAUAAUUUUUAUAAAAAAUCCAUUAUUGAUACAUUCUCAUUCUAUUUUAUAUGUAUUAACAUUUUAUAUAUGCAUUUUAGUUUUAAUAAAUUAAUUUUAGAUGGGAAAUUAAUCAACAUGAGAAAUCAGGAAAAAAAAUUGAAUAAUUUAAAGAAGAUUCUGAAAAAAAAGAAAUUGAUUGGAUAAUUCAUAAUUAAAAUGAAGUUUUUGAAUAAAUGUUAAUUUUUAUAAAGACACUUCUCAUUACAAAAAACUUCAAUUACAUUUUAUUGAUUCUAAGAUAGAAGAUAUAACUCCACUUAAAGAUGCCAUAUAAGAAAGUGAAAUCUUUGAAAUACCUGAAAUUCAAGCAUCGUAUGAUCUUAUUCAUAGAAUUUUAGAAAUACAAAAAUUUAUAAUGCAAACAUUAUACCAUCUCGCAUUACAACAUUAAUAUGAUUUCAUUCAGAUUUAUCAAACACUUACAUUACAGAUGUAUUAAAUGUAAUUCAAAUUUUAAAUUAAAAUAUUAAAUUUCAAUCAAUCCAUCUAAAUUUUAAUCACACUCAUAUAAGAUCAAUCAAAUUAUUCGAUGUUCAUUUAUUUACUUAACUCAAAAUCUUAACAUUAUUUGCAGUGUAUUUCAUAAUAUAUUGAUUUUAGACACACAUAACUAUAAAGUAUUGAACAAUUCAUACUCAAUUAAUCCAGAUUAUAUAAUUUAGAAGAAAUACAUUUAGAUUUCUCAGGAAUACAAAUAUUCUAUUCAGCACACUUGGUUUUGGAAUUAGAAAAUUAAAUAAAUUACUCUAAUUAACCAUUAAAUUAGAUGAUAUAAAAUAAGAAAAUAUUUUUGAGUUAUUGUAAGGUAUCAUUAUUUGUACUAAUCUUUGUCGAUUGACUCUUACUUUUAACAGGACUAAUCUAAAUAAUAUAGAUUAAUUUGGUGAUCAUUUAAAACAACUUUAAAAUAUCGAAUAUCUUAAUAUUCAAUUUUAAAAUACAAAAGUAAAUCAAGCUGAUAAUUUAUAAUAAGAAAAGUCACGUCUAUAAUAUAUCGUAUUUUUAUAUUUUAUAAAUUUCAGCAAAACUUCAAUGUAGAGAAUUAUUGA